AUUGUCCAGGUACUUGGGAAAGAUGGUGCCUCAGAGACUCGGGAACCCGCGGUGCCGAGAUGUUUCUAUCAGGGAUUUAUCAGAAACGACAGCUCGUCCUCCGUGGCGGUGUCUACGUGCGCCGGCUUGUCAGGCCUCAUACGGACACGAGAAAAUGAAUUCCUCAUCUCGCCAUUACCUCAACCCCUGGCCCAGGAACACAACUACAGCGCCCCCGCAGGCCACCAGCCUCACGUGCUGUACAAAAGGACGGCGGAGGGGAGGGUCCGGCGUCGCCAUGGCUACCUGGGCUCCGGCCCGAACCCUGCGGCUCACCCCCCAAGUCACGCCCCCCACACCUCUUGGAGGCCAGAGAGAGGACAGCAUCAUGGGAGGUUGCAAAAGCAGCAUUUUUGUGGACGACGCAAGAAAUGUAUAUGCCCCCAAGCCUCCCACAGAGGACACCUAUCUCAGGUUUGAUGAAUAUGGGAGCUCGGGACGGCCCAGAAGAUCAGCUGGCAAGUCACAGAAGGGCCUCAACGUGGAAACCCUUGUGGUAGCAGACAAGAAAAUGGUGGAGAAACACACCAAGGCCAACGUCACCACGUACAUCCUCACGGUCAUGAACAUGGUUUCCAGCCUCUUUAAAGAUGGGACUAUUGGAAGUGAUAUAAACAUUGUCGUGGUUAGCCUCAUUCUUCUGGAACAAGAGCCUAGAGGAUUACUGAUCAACCAUCAUGCAGACCAGUCUCUGAAUAGCUUCUGCCAGUGGCAGUCUGCCCUCGUUGGAAAGAACGGCAAGAGGCAUGACCAUGCUAUCCUACUCACGGGAUUUGAUAUCUGUUCCUGGAAGAAUGAACCAUGUGACACUCUAGGGUUCGCCCCCAUCAGUGGGAUGUGCAGCAAGUACCGAAGCUGUACCAUCAAUGAGGACACAGGGCUUGGCCUGGCCUUCACCAUCGCUCACGAGUCAGGGCACAAUUUCGGCAUGGUUCAUGAUGGAGAAGGCAACCCGUGCAGGAAAACGGAAGGCAAUAUCAUGUCACCCACGCUGACGGGAAACAACGGUGUGUUUUCCUGGUCUUCAUGCAGCCGGCAGUACCUCAAGAAAUUCCUUAGCACACCUCAGGCUGGGUGUCUGGUGGAUGAGCCCAAGCAAACAGGACAGUAUAAAUACCCGGACAAACUACCAGGACAGAUUUACGAUGCCGACACACAGUGCAAGUGGCAGUUUGGAGCCAAAGCCAAGUUAUGCAGCCUUGGUUUUGUGAAGGACAUUUGCAAAUCCCUUUGGUGCCACCGAGUGGGCCACAGGUGUGAGACCAAGUUCAUGCCCGCCGCGGAAGGGACCGUUUGUGGCUUGAGUAUGUGGUGUCGGCAAGGCCAGUGUGUCAAGCUGGGGGAGCUGGGGCCCCGGCCCGUCCACGGCCAGUGGUCCGCCUGGUCGAAGUGGUCAGAGUGUUCCCGAACGUGUGGCGGAGGCGUCAGGUAUCAGGAGAGACAUUGCAACAACCCCAAGCCUCAGUAUGGUGGCAAGUUCUGUCCUGGCUCUAGCCGUGUUUAUCAGCUCUGCAAUAUUAACCCUUGUGAUGAAAACAGCUUGGAUUUCCGAGCCCAGCAGUGUGCAGAGUAUAACAGCAAACCUUUCCGUGGAUGGUUCUACCAGUGGAAACCCUAUAUGAAAGUGGAAGAGGAAGACCGAUGUAAACUGUACUGCAAGGCUGAGAACUUUGAAUUCUUUUUCGCCAUGUCCAGCAAGGUGAAAGACGGGACUCCCUGUUCCCCAAACAAGAACGACGUUUGCAUUGAUGGGAUCUGUGAACCAGUGGGAUGUGAUCAGGAACUUGGCUCUAAAGCAGUUUCAGAUGCCUGUGGUGUUUGCAAAGGUGAUAACUCAACUUGCAAGUUUUAUAAAGGCCUGUACCUCAACCAACACAAAGCAAAUGAGUAUUACCCGGUGGUCACCAUCCCGGCAGGCGCCCGCAGCAUCGAGGUCCAGGAGCUGCAGAUAUCCUCCAGCUACCUCGCGGUCCGAAGCCUCAGUCACAAGUAUUACCUCACGGGGGGCUGGAGCGUCGACUGGCCAGGGGAGUUCGCCUUUGCGGGGACCGUGUUUGAGUACCAGCGUGCCUUCAACCGCCCCGAGUGCCUGUCUGCCCCGGGCCCCAUCAAUGAGACGCUGGUCUUUGAAAUUCUCAUGCAAGGCAAAAACCCAGGAAUAGCUUGGAAGUAUGCACUUCCCAAGGUCACGAAUGGAACUCUGCCAGCCUCAAAAAGACACAGCUACUCCUGGAACACAGUGCAGACAGAUUGCUCCGUCUCCUGUGGGGGAGGUUACGUAAGUGUCAAGGCCGUUUGCUUACGAGAUCAAAACACUCAAGUCAAUUCCUCAUUCUGCAAUGCAAGAGCCAGGCCAGCAACUGAACCCAAAAUGUGCAAUGCCUUCUCCUGCCCGGCCUACUGGAAGCCAGGCGAGUGGAGCGCCUGCAGCAGGUCGUGCGGAGGAGGCCAGCAGAGCCGGAAGGUGCAGUGCGUCCAGAAGAAGCCCUUCCAGAAGGAGGAGGCGGUCCUGCACUCUCUCUGCCCGGUGAGCACGCCCACUCAGGUUCAAGCCUGCAACAGCCAUGCCUGCCCUCCGGAAUGGAGCCCUGGGCCCUGGUCUCAGUGUUCUAAGACCUGUGGGCGAGGAGUGCGGAAGCGUGAAGUCACGUGUAGACGCGCGGCCGCAGCAGAGGCCGUGGCCGAGAGCGCGUGCGCCGGCGCCCCGAGACCGGACGCGCAGGAGGGCUGCGUGCUCGGACGCUGUCCCAAGAACAGCCGGCUCCAGUGGCUCAUCUCUUCGUGGAGUGAGUGUUCCGUGAGCUGUGGUUUGGGAGUGAGGAAGAGGGAGAUGAAAUGCAGCGAGAAGGCCUUCCAAGGCAAGCUGAUAACGUUCCCCGAGCGGAGGUGCCGCAAUAUUAAGAAGCCAAACCUGGACUUGGAGGAAACCUGCAACCGGGGGGCGUGUCCCACCCGUCCAGCGUACAGUCCAGCAGCUGGGUGGUAUUCGUCGCCGUGGCAACAGUGCACCGUGACGUGUGGCGGAGGGGUGCAGACGCGCUCUGUCCAUUGUGUCCAGCAGGGCCGGCCUUCCUCGAGUUGUCUGCUGCGGCAGAAGCCUCCAGUGCUGCGGGCCUGUAACACCAACUUCUGUCCAGCUCCUGCCAAGAGAGAGGAUCCAUCCUGUGUAGACUUUUUCAGCUGGUGUCAUCUUGUUCCUCAGCACGGCGUCUGCAACCACAAAUUCUACGGCAAGCAGUGCUGCAAGUCAUGCACCAGGAAGAGCUGAUCUCGAUGCCCUCCCAUCCCGCCAAGGCCAGGGUCUUACCUCGCAACCUCCGGAGAGACCAGCCCUCUUUCCAUCGAAAGCUGAACACUGCAGACCCUGUGUGAGCU